UGGACGACAAUGGAUAGCCAACAACUAUCAAGACUUCUUCGAAGCAUUCUCGCUAGAGAUGAGGCGUUGUUCGACUUGCCGCGGAAGCUUUCGCUAUGGUCGUAGAGUCCGCCGCGCGCUACUCGAUGAGUCAACCCUGCAAAGAUGAGCUUUCUCAAUCGUUAGCACUGGCCAUGCCCGAGCAAUUCCGUAAGAUGCUGCAUCAGACUUCUGUUGUUGUCAAAGGACCCAUAGCUGAACAGUUGGCUACCAUCGACUUCUUAACGGCAAAUCGCUAUCAGAAGCUGAUUAUGCUCAUUCACCUCAUCAAUCAUCAUUUCGCAAAAGUACAACGCGCUGCACAGCUGUAUCAACAGUGGAAUCUCGUCCAAGCGGCACGCAAUUGUCGUAUCACCGAAGGUAGGUUUGACUUUGAUGACGAAGCGCUUGAAGCUCGUGGCGCAUUACAAGCAACUGUGUUGCUCGUCAGAAGUUGUUUGUUCCUCUUCAUCAGCUUCAAGGGGGUCGAUUUGAAUGAAGCAUACAAGACCACUGAUGCACGAGACAAGGCCAAAUAUUGUUAGCAACAGUUUACUAGUUCUACAAAAGCAUGAUUAAAGUUGAUCAGCGCCCAGCAGGACCUUUUGUGAAGUUGUGGUAGUCACCAAAGAGCUUCAAUUCCCUUGCACUUU